CAGGACCAGAACCAGGAACAGAACCAGAACCAGGACCAGAACCAGGACCGGAGCGAGGCCACCAUGAGGGAGAUCGUGCACAUCCAGGCGGGACAGUGCGGGAACCAGAUCGGAACCAAGUUUUGGGAGGUGAUCAGCGACGAGCACGGCAUCGACCCCGCGGGGAACUACGUGGGAGACUCGGCUCUGCAGCUGGACCGGAUCAACGUCUACUACAACGAAGCGUCCUCGCAUAAAUACGUCCCCCGGGCUGUGCUGGUGGACCUGGAACCAGGAACCAUGGACAGCGUUCGCUCCGGAGCCUUCGGGCAGCUCUUCAGACCGGACAACUUCAUCUUCGGUCAGACGGGGGCGGGGAACAACUGGGCCAAAGGUCACUACACAGAGGGGGCGGAGCUGGUGGACUCGGUCCUGGACGUGGUGAGGAAGGAGUGUGAGCACUGCGACUGUCUGCAGGGUUUCCAGCUCACGCACUCCCUGGGGGGGGGCACGGGCUCGGGCAUGGGCACCCUCCUGAUCAGCAAGGUCCGGGAGGAAUACCCCGACCGCAUCAUGAACACCUUCAGCGUCAUGCCCUCGCCCAAGGUCUCGGACACGGUGGUGGAGCCGUACAACGCCACGCUGUCCGUCCACCAGCUGGUGGAGAACACGGACGAGACCUACUGCAUCGACAACGAAGCGCUGUACGACAUCUGCUUCCGCACGCUGAAGCUGACCACGCCCACCUACGGAGACCUCAACCACCUGGUGUCGGCCACCAUGAGCGGCGUCACCACCUCGCUGCGUUUCCCCGGCCAGCUCAACGCCGACCUGCGCAAGCUGGCCGUCAACAUGGUGCCCUUCCCCCGGCUGCACUUCUUCAUGCCGGGCUUCGCGCCGCUGACGGCGAGGGGCAGCCAGCAGUACCGCGCCCUCACCGUGCCCGAGCUCACGCAGCAGAUGUUCGACGCCAGGAACAUGAUGGCGGCCUGCGACCCGCGCCACGGCCGCUACCUGACCGUGGCCACCGUCUUCCGCGGGCCCAUGUCCAUGAAGGAGGUGGACGAGCAGAUGCUGAACAUCCAGAACAAGAACAGCAGCUACUUCGUGGAGUGGAUCCCCAACAACGUGAAGGUGGCCGUCUGCGACAUCGCCCCGCGGGGGCUCAAGAUGGCCGCCACCUUCAUCGGCAACAGCACGGCCAUCCAGGAGCUGUUCAAGCGCAUCUCGGAGCAGUUCUCCGCCAUGUUCCGCCGCAAGGCCUUCCUGCACUGGUUCACGGGCGAAGGCAUGGACGAGAUGGAGUUCACCGAGGCCGAGAGCAACAUGAACGACCUGGUGUCCGAGUACCAGCAGUACCAGGACGCCACGGCCAACGACGGCGAGGAGAACUUUGACGAGGAGGAGGACGAGAUCAACGAGUAACGGGGGGGGGGGCCCGGGGAACUAGUCCCGCUAGCACAGUCCGGCUGUUCCAUAGACAUAUCUACGUAGACGCCUCAUGACACGCUGGAACGUAAUCCAGCGUCACCGCCAUAUUGGAUGGGUCUCCUCACUCCAGGCAAAAUUAACUACACUGGAGUUACAGAGUUACAGUUACAGU